AUGCCUGCCUUCAUCCACAAGGAAGGAAAGCGGCACGUCUCACUAUCAAAUAUUCGAGCUUACCUCGUGUCCGAGGCGAACGUCUUCUCUGCGUUCGCACGCUCUCCUUCCAUCGCCUCGCCUGCCAUACCACAAUCCCCGGUCGUGUCUCACUACGGCAGCAUGCACCGCAGCCUCAGUCGGGAGCCGAGCUCGCCGCUUUCCAGUUCUUUAUCAGCAUCUCACCAAAUCGCCAACGACUAUCUCGCUGACUCGACCGCCUUUGGUAUGGAUGAUUAUCCUCUUCGAGAUAGCGAAUUAGCGCUCGACAUACCCUAUGACUUUGAUGACGACGUUGAGGAUGACGACAGUCCCCCAACACCCCGGGCCUCUGCGCACCCGGAAUUUGUGUCUUGGGAGCCUCCUACCGGCGUAUCGCAAUCAACUAAUAUAAUGGAGACGUCGCCUCUGCCCUGGGCUAGCAUGCAUCGCAACACCGAGUCUACCCCCGCGCUUGAAAACCUGCACCUUUAUGAAACGGCACCCUUGGAACGGCCCCAGACCCCAGAGAGAGACCAACAGGUGUCGGAUAGUGACGGGUCGGACCGUGAACAGGAGGUUGAAGAGGAUCUCAGCAAAUCUCAUAUUUUCUCUCACGAGGAGGCGGAAAGCAUGUAUGCUAGCGCGUUUUCGGAACUCCCAUCCCAACCCUCACGAUCAAUGCCUGGCGCCUGGGACGACUAUUCAAAUCCAUCCGACUCACCGCCCCAGCCCCCAAAGCAGACCCAGCCUCCAGCAGAAGACCACGAGUUGGAUGGUGAGGACGAAGCUUUUGUGGAUCCCGAAAGCCCCUUGAUGAGGGCAACACGCCCCAAUGCCGAGCAGCCGCAUGUCACGGGUGAAGUUAUUGAGGCCGAGCAUAGACUUGGCCAGAGUAUUCACAAGCUACAGGAUGAUCUCUCAGAGACUAUCCCUGCUAAUGAUGCGAGAUAUGAUGACGAGAGCCAGCAUGGUGAAGAUGAAGACUUGGAGAGUUCCUUGAUUCGGCAAAGCCUUUAUUCAUCACGGCACUCGGAUGCAUCAUCCGUGGAAGAGGCACCGCAGCUCGAAGAUUUGAAUACGGGCCUAGAUGCGGAUGCUGAUCCGGAUGCGGAUGGACGCUCCGCCACCCCGCCUCAAGACCAGACGCCACGGGGUCCGACUCGAAUAGUGAAAGAGCUGAUUUCUCUCGAUAAAAUAUCCAUCCACGUUCCGCUACGCCACAAACAUAUUCAUGUGCAGCAGAAUUCGGGCAGUUCCGACGAUGAACCCAGUUACUCCGCCAAGAAGUCUGCUUCCCCUCAUCUUCCCGGGGCGUUUUCGACGCCUCAAACUGAGCGGGACGAAAGCCUCGACAUCUCCUUCUCGCCGAUUGACAUUCGCUUCGAUGCCUCUCUAGGAUUUCUAUUAGCCACGGUCGUUUCUAAACUUCUCGACAUAUUCAGCAGCGGCAGCGGCGCCCAGCAAUCGGCCACUCCAUCAACUCCCUCCUCUCAGCAGCAGACUGGAGAAAAUAACAUCGCCUCUCUACCCGAUGUUAAUGUCGCCUUCGAGCGCAUUUCGAUUAAUUUCCUACAUCACCUUUUAGGUGUUGCGGACACCCCGAAAGGCACUUUAACCCGAGGGUUUUUGAUUUUGACCAUCGCCGCUGCGGCAUCAACCACGGUCAUCAACCUCGGCAAGUUCCGGUUCGGAUACGCCGACAGCGACGUCGUAUCCUUUGAUCGCACGCUCAAAUUAGGGGCUUCAGUCCGCGACGUGUUUCCGCCCUCAGGCGCCGACGUCUCCGUGAAGCUCGUGCGCACUGGCAGCACGACUAGAACCGAAGUGACGACCUUGGCCCUGGUUGUGAAUCUCGAUCUGCAAAGGUUGGACGAAACCUUUAGCUGGUUUGGAGGUCUCAGCAGUUUCCUUAAUAUGGGAGGUAGCGUAUCUUCUGCUGCACCCACCUCAGUUCAUACGGUGGCACCUCCGACACCGGUCACUAGAGGAGUCCGGUUUGACACACCAAUCAACCCGAACGACCGCUCAGUAGCGGCUGACAACAAAGUCGAUCUAAGGACAGCCGGGUUUUACCUCAGUCUCGUAGGCAAGGAGUGCCAGGUCAGCCUUGAGACAAGUGCGGUGAAGAUGGUCAAGCGCAAUGAGGGCAUCGGCAUUGCCUUGAGCGCGAUUAGUCUAUCAGGGCCGUAUAUACGGGAUUCAGAUGCCCGCCCGCCCAUCACAGUCGAGGUUGAGGGGACCAGACUCGAAUUCCUUGCUUAUCCGCAAGACGGGGAUCUAGAGCGUCUGUUGAAGCUCAUCACGCCCUCCAAGGUGCAGUCCGAUUUGCGGGAUGACGAGAUCAUGGUUGAUACCCUUUACGCCAGAGGAGAAAGGCUCACCUGCUUACCUGGCCUGGGCGACGAGAUUGCCCGGCUCGCGACCGUAGCCAAAUAUCUACCAGAGGACGACCGGCCAGGCCUACUCACUUUAGGGAGGAUCAAAAAUCUUUCCUUCUCGGCGGAACUUGGUGGCCAGAUCGGGUUGCUUAAGGCAUCCUUGAAGGAGUUCGAGCUGGCUCAUAUAACAUUACCAUCCCUGGUCGCUGUCGGUCUUGAUUCGCUAGUGGUGACCCGAAACGAGAGCGAGGAGCUCAUUACCUCGCCCAAAUCAUCCACCACCAUGCAAGAGCUAGUUCUGAUUGCUCGUAUGAUUGGCGAUGAGAUUGAGCCGGUAUUCAGGCUUAGGCUCCAGGGCCUUGCUUUUGAAUAUAGAGUUCCGACUUUGAUGGAUCUCAUGGGCCUCGGAAAAGAGGCUACCCCGCAAGACUUUGAGGCUGAACUCGCCGCUUCCGUCGCGAACCUGGGGGAGCACGCGCACGCAGCGCUUCUCCGGCAGCAAGCCCGUUCCCCGGCCCCGUCCAGGACUAGCAAGGACAAGCAACCCGCCCCCAAACCUCUAGGUGUCGACGUCGUCUUCCGGGACUGCCUUGUGGGACUCAACCCCCUUGGACUCAAGUCCAAGCUGACACUUGCGCUUACGGACUCGCGAUUGGAAAUCAUGCUUCCCAAAGAGGACAACGCCCGCGCCGAGUUUGAGUUAAGAAAGGCCGCCAUCCUACUGAUUGACGAUGCUACAGCCUUGCACGACGGGCGUCCCGCUGCUCGAGCACGCGUCACGAAUGUGCCAUCCCAGCAAGUAACGGAGCUGUGCACUCAAGGCUUUGUCGAGAUCUGUUUCAUCUCCUCAGCUAAAGCUGUUGUGGCGGUAACGUCGAACGACGACGGGGAGAAGCAAGUUGACACUCUUAUUUCGCUAGCCAAUGGACUGAAGCCACCCACGCCACCGAGCAAGGAGAUCAAGUACAGGACCAAUGUAAUGCCGGUCGAAGACCUCCUAUCUUCAAUCUCCGCGGAAGCGUUUGGAAAUCCUGAGGGGGACUACGACUUUGACAAAGAUUUCGCCAUAGCACAGGAGCUUGCCGGCGAUCUUGAAGACGAUGCCGCUAGUGAUCUGAGCCAGUUAGAGUUUCACGAUGACUACUAUGGCGAGGUAGACGUGGCCGAGAAGCUCUUUGAUGCCACCGCAUCAUCCAUCGGGUCUCUGCCAGGGUCUCAAGACACGCACGCAAGCGACCCUCACAACUUCAACAGUAAGGCGAGCGUGGAUAGUGACCUGGAUGAUCCUCACCUUGUUGUCCACGAUGACUGGUUCGCGACUGACACUUCGGACAAGGGUACGGCGCAGGUAUGGAACUCGGCCCGCAACUCAUAUGACCGGGCCCCUCCAGAGUUGGUGAAGCGAAGUCCGCUCAAGGUUGCGGUACGGGAUGUCCACGUAAUCUGGAAUCUAUUCGACGGAUAUGACUGGGCACACACGCGUGACGUCAUCACAAAAGCCGUCUAUGAGGUGCAAAGCAAGGCCAACGAGCGCCGUGCCCGAAAUGACGGCUUGGGCGUGUACGAAGAAGAUUUGGAAGACGAGGAGGCUGUCAUUGGAGACUUCUUAUUCAAUUCUAUCUACAUUGGCAUUCCGGCGAACCGGGAUGCCCGGGACCUCGCGAGGGCUAUCAACCAUGACCUGAACGACAAUGCCACGGAGACGGAGUCGAUCGCUACGACGGCCUAUACAACAAGCACGGCGCGACCUGGUGGCGCACCGAGAUCGGGACCGAAGCUGAAACUCAACCGCAGCAAGCGUCACAAGAUCACGUUUGAAUUGCAAGGCGUCGACGUAGAUCUCAUUGUCUUCCCACCCCACUCGGGUGAAACGGAAAGCUCGAUUGACGUUCGUAUCAAGAACCUAGACGUUUUCGAUCAUGUGCCAACGUCUACGUGGAAGAAAUUUGCGACCUACGACCAAGAUGCGGGCGAGAGGGAGAUGGGAUCGAACAUGGUGCAUAUCGAGCUUUUGAAUGUUCGGCCUCUUCCCGAGCUGGCAGCCUCGGAGAUUUUCAAGGACGACGACGCGCCUGUUGUUGCACCGUCCCCGACGGACAUGCCAUUCCUACAAAGGGCGGAGGUCAACGACAUCCCUGUCAAGCUAGACUUCAAGCCCAAGCGGGUAGACUAUGCGGGAUUGAGGUCGGGGCGUACGACCGAGUUUAUGAAUUUUGUCAUCUUAGACGAAGCUCGCAUGGUGCUUCGUCACACUAUCAUAUACGGAGUGUCUGGAUUUGAGAGGCUCGGCAAGACGCUCAACGACAUCUGGAUGCCCGAUGUGAAGAAGAACCAGCUUCCCGGUGUGCUAGCUGGCCUCGCGCCCGUGCGCUCCAUCGUGAAUGUUGGCAGCGGGAUCAAAAACUUGAUCGAGAUACCAAUCAAGGAGUACAAGAAGGAUGGCAGAAUUGUCCGUAGCAUCUCUAAAGGCGCGAGUGCCUUUGUCCGCACGACAGGCACAGAGAUCAUCAAGCUCGGGGCCAAGGUCGCUGUCGGAACGCAUCUGUACGCAGACCAACCUAUCAACGUCAUUCAGGGACUGCGGGGCGGAUACGCAAGCCUGUCCCGGGACCUGAAUCUGGCGAGAGAUGCCAUCAUUGCGGUGCCUGGAGCGAAAUAUAAGAAGCGAUGA